AUGCCAUACGAGCUUCGACCCGAGGCCAAGUUGAAACGACCAGCACGUUAUGAUGAGUCGGACGACUCAGAUCUCAGCGGUUCGCCAGAACCAAAGUCUGAGAAUCGAGAUUCGGUCAUCGAUUCACAAGUGUCUCCACCCCCAAAUACGUUGACUGCGACCCCCGGCGCACCAAAACCUUUGAUUCUCCCCACAGGCGCGCCUCACCUCUCACCAAACCCAUCGCCAGAGAAGGACAAGCCUGAAGUACCCCGUGCCACAAUCCCAAACACAAGUGAUCCCCGGGGGCCUCUAAAGUCUCGUGGGAUGGCCCACGUUAAGUAUGUUAAGAAACCCAGUCGCGAGAAUGCCUCGCCAGAGACUAAACGCGCGAGACACUUCAACAAGACCGCCAAGCGCAUAGCAACAUCCCUGGAGGAUGGACAUUCGCCUGCAUUCUCCGCACCUAGACCAGCAGCGUUCCCCUCGCUGACGGACAAUGCCCCACCAUCGCUUCCGGUUGCGAUAGAACUCACCAAGCAUGGCAUGAGAGAGCUGGUGGAGGCUAUGGACGCCGAAGAUUAUGAACGAGUACGAAAGAUCAAACGCCAGUUCGCAGCCAAAUAUGAGGCGGACACAAGCGUCUGUCACAUUUCCUACGGCAUGGCACUCCCAAUCCAAACAUCUCUCACCAUACUAAUGAUGCAGGUGACCUUUGAAGAGCUAUGGCCGUCAAUACGCCAGGAAAUCAUCGAACGGAUCCUUGACGACUUCGCGCAGAAGAACUAUCCAUCCCCGUUUUACCCAGUAUGUCGCAUCUUAGAUAUCACCAAGGAGAGACUAGAUGCGAUCAUGGCUGAGAACGCCAGAGUCUGGACCGACGACGAAAUUCCACCAUAUUUCAAAGAGUACAGAAGGCGGUAUCCUAAAGCCAUCGUCGACCCCGACGAGCCUCCACCUCAUCUUCCGGGUAGUUUGUUGGGCGAGUGGCAGACUAUGCCGGCAGUCGAAGUAUUCAACAACCCAGCCCCGUUUUACCUCCCCACCAAGAAAGAAGCCUUUGAACUGUUACGGCGUAGUUCGCAGGAUGCUCAAAAUCAAGCCAGUCGAAAGCAGCGAGACGACAAGAAGCUGCCGCCACCGCAAUGCCGUGUUUGUGGACAGACAGGCCACAUUUAUUGGAAACUCGAUAAGAAUGGAGUGCACGAGUGCCCUCGGCGUCGACAACAAGUUGCCCAGCACAACGCUGAACUUGAGAUCCUCCGCGCGCAAGCAUCCUCCGAAAUCAAAGCCUUCAAGGAACGAGACUUCGCAAUGAAGAACAUCACUCCCAACUGUUCACUGUCAGAAUCUACUCCCAUAGAUGCCGCCCCGUACCUCGAAGCCUGGCAAGCGAAUAGAGCAAACCCAAAUCUACACUCCCAUCUUCAGCAGCCGGCAGCUUUACCCGAAGACGGCCGAGCCAAGUAUAUCAACCAGUUACAGACGGAUAAUCUGUCGCAUCCAGGGUGGGUACGAAAUCAACUUACAAACCGCCGGUCGACUCUUACCAGUCAAAUGUCAACUUCACACGUGGCUGGCAAGCGAAUGAAUCCGCCCAAUCUACCACCAAGACCACAAACCUCGAACUCCUCCGCAAACCCUCUAAUCUGGCCUAAUUCCCGGUGCCUGGCUCGCAGGCAAGGAACCAGACUCCAUCCACAAUCUGCUACAUCCCAGAUACCCAAGAAGCGCGGUCCGUACAAGAAGAAAGAGGGGAAAGAGGGGCAAAAUAGUAUUACGCCACCUAACAGAGUAGUGGGAAGAGACGGUAUGGUCUUUCUGAGUAGUCCGAAACAAGCGCAGGAUGAGAUGGUGUCCCAGAAACGGGGUGGGGGUGCAGAUGCGACAGUUGAGACAGGAUUAGUGACGCCGCCAAUGGAGCAGCCGCAGCCGUCAACACCUUCUUCGACCUCGACAUGUAAGGUUGGGGAGACAUACACAGUGCAGAAGAAUGUAGGGGCGACGAAGGAGGUAAAAAUGCUGCGGCAUUCUACUAUACCACCAGUACCACCAGUAUCUGAGACAAAUGCGGCAUCUGCGAUGGAGAGCAAUGGGGCCAAUGCUACGGAACACGCGCAAUCUGGGCCAGCUCUGGCUGCGGGGGACGCGUCGUGGCGUCCACUCUCCCACCGAUCCAAAGCUGCUACACUCGGUCUGCAAUAUGGCCCCCCAUGCCUCCUCGCGACUGCCGCGACGUGCUAUCUCACGUCGGAAUCGUCGCCAAUCCCCCUGUUCCGCCCCAUCCAUCUGGAUUCGCCCUCUCUCAAGCGGUACUUCUUCGGCGGCAGCGACGACAAGCAAACCGAAACCACGUCAGUAGGCGACGCUGAGAGGCAGGUAAACAAAGACGAUGCCGAGAAGUCGGGCCAGCAAGAUCCGCCAUCGCAGAAACGUGUUGCCAAGGGCUACAGCGAAGAGGAUGAGGACGCCGGCGAGAGCCAGUCCGCCUGGCAGACCAUAACGGCCAAGUUCCCGGCCUCGCCAUCUCCUUCGAAGCUCGGCGACACCAUCAUUGACUACAUUGUGCCCAAUUGGGUCAAAGUCCUGCCUGGUUUCAUUCGAAAACUCCAGAAUGAACUCUCAAUGGCGCCGGGCUCCCUUGCCGAAGAGAUCUGGUACCAAGCCAACGACCCCGAGAUCAACCCAGAGAUCAUAUGGGAUGCCUCGGUGAGGGUCUCCAACGAGCUGUGUGAUGAAGAGAAGGCAUUUCUGAAGAAGAGGGCGCAAUUCACCAAGGCUGCACUUGCGCGAUAUCUCGACAUCCCAGAAGCCCAGAUACACCCCGAUGAUGUACCCGUCAUUGCCAUGUGCGGUUCUGGUGGAGGUCUGCGAGCGCUCGUGGCAGGUACAUCGUCGUACCUCUCUUCGAAAGAACACGGUCUCUUCGACUGUGUCACCUACACGGCGGGCGUCAGUGGCAGCUGCUGGCUGCAGACCCUCUAUUACUCAGAUCUCACCCAACGCAGUCACGCUCGCAUCAUUAGACAUCUUAAGAACCGCCUCGGCGUGCACAUUGCUUUCCCACCUGAUGCCCUAGAACUGCUCGUCAGCGCGCCAACCAAUAAAUAUCUCUUGAGUGGGCUUGUGGAGAAGGCCAAGGGCAUCCCAGAUGCUGAUUUUGGUCUGGUGGACAUCUAUGGCGCAUUGCUUGCCGCUCGUCUACUUGUACCGAAGGGUGAACUUUCCGUCAGCGAAUACGACUUCAAGGUGUCGAACCAGCGACGAUUCACUGACAACGGCUCGCAUCCCCUGCCCAUCUACACCGCAGUACGACACGAAAUCCCAUUGGCCGAACAAACAGAUACAGACGUCAUCGCUGCAGAAGCAAAAGCGAGAAGGGAGGCCUGGUUUCAAUGGUUCGAGUUUACGCCAUACGAGAUGUGGUGUGAGGAGAUCUCAGCUGGCAUACCUACCUGGGCAAUGGGUCGUCGGUUUGAAAACGGACGCACAGUCUGGCGGGACAAUGGCCUGGCUUUGCCUGAAGUGCGCGUCCCCUUGCUGAUGGGCAUCUGGGGAUCUGCCUUUUGUGCAACCCUGUCACACUAUUAUCGAGAGAUCCGACCCCUCAUGCGCAGUCUCACCGGUCUCGGGGGCAGUAUCGACGCCAUGAUCUCCGAGCGCGAUGAUGAUCUUGUCAAAGUUCACCCCAUUGACCCCGCCGCCAUGCCCAACUACGCUCUCGGCAUGCGUGAAUUCCUGCCUGCAUCGUGCCCUGAGAGCAUUUUCGAGCAAAAGAACUUUCAAUUCAUGGACGCAGGAAUGUCAAACAACCUACCCAUCUACCCGCUUCUCCGACCUGGACGUAAUGUUGACAUUCUCGUCGCCUUUGAUGCCUCGGCCGAUGUCAAGACUGACAACUGGUUGAAGGUAGCAGAUGGGUAUGCUCGCCAGCGUGGUAUCAAAGGCUGGCCUGUUGGUGCAGGGUGGCCACCCGAUGAUGAAUCCAUGGAAGACCUGCAAAAAGAUCUCGAUCGCGCCCAAGCAAAAUCUGAGCAGCAAGCUCAAGAAAAGCUCGAAGAAGCCAAGGAUAAGAGUACCGAAGACAAGAAAGGCGGCAAGAAGAGUAAAGAUUUAGGCUACUGCAACAUCUGGGUUGGCACUACUGAAGAACGCACUUCCGAUUCCGCACACCCUGAACCGAAACAAGUAGACGAAGACUGGGAGCUCAUGCAUCCUGAAUCUGGCAUCACUGUCGUCUACUUCCCUUUCCUUGCCAACCCAAAAGUACCCGGCGUCGACCCAAAGGUCAGUGACUUCAUGUCAACGUGGAACUUUGUCUACACACCCGAGCAAAUCGACAGUGUCGUGAACCUCGCUCGCGCCAAUUACAGCGAAGGCGCUGAACGUACAAAACGCACUGUCCGCGCUGUAUACGAACGCAAGAAAGCACAAAGAGAGCAGAGAGAAAAGGACGAGCGGGAACGACGAUGGCGAUGGAAGUUGAGCCAAGGAAGGAUAGCUGGUCGUCGUGUCGGAGGUGAGAGUGAGCAUGGUGAUCAGUUCAGCUAA